UCCAUGGAGACCCUUGCCACCGAACCUCAGCACAUGCUAUUACAGCAUCUCCUCUACCCCACCACCACCCUUUCCCCUUCCUCUUAUAUAUAUAUAUAACAUCCCUUCCUCUUCAUCCCAUCACUCUUUUCUCUCUGCAUUUCCUUCCUCCAGCUCAUUCUGCAGCAGACAACCUAUAUUAUGCAACCAAUGUACACCUCGAAACCUAAGGUGGCCAUGGCGACUGCCGCGGAAACCUGCGCUGGCAUUCCUCCUCCUGUCGUGGCUGCUGUCGCCAAGAUCAACGGAAGGCCCGUCCUCCAACCCAACUGCAAUCGUAGUAGUACCGGUCCGACUCCGGUCUCUCUUCCAACCGCUAAGAAAGUGUUCCUGUCGGUACCCACUGGUUACCAUACUAACUCCUCUCCUCCUCCACUGCCGCCUCCCAGUUCCUUUCCCACUUCCGACCGAUCAUCGCGGCCUUCCUUGAAUUCUUGUUCUAUUGAUGAUGACCCGGCACUGAGAAGCGGUGGCAGAGGCACCACUCCUACUUUGCUUGACAGAAAGAAGUCGAAGAGUUUCAACGGUAGGAGUAAUGUUGCAGUGGUCGAGUCUUAUUCAUCAUCGCUGAUCCUGGAGAGCCCCGGAAGCAUAGCAGCCGGGAGGAGGGAACAGAUGGCCCUCCAACAAGCCCAGCGCAAGAUGCGGGUUGCACAUUAUGGGAGAUGUAAGUCAGCUAAGUUCGAUGCCCGAGUUGUCCCUCUCGAUUCUCCACCGCCAACAGCAAUGGCGAUUAUGGAGGAAGACAGGCGGUGCAGCUUCAUCACCAGCAAUUCAGAUCCUCUGUAUAUCGCUUAUCACGACCAAGAAUGGGGAGUGCCAGUACAUGAUGACAGGGUGUUGUUCGAAUUGCUUGUGCUGAGUGGCGCUCAGGUGGGUUCAGACUGGACUUCAAUCUUGCGGAAACGUCAAGAUUUUAGGAAUGCCUUUUCAGGAUUUGAAGCAGGAACAGUCGCCACCUUCACUGACAAGCAGAUCACAUGGAUUAGCUCUAAGUACAGUGUGGACAUAACCCGAGUUCGCGGUGUUGUUGAUAAUUCCCUUCGCAUCCUCGAGAUCAAGAGGGAAUUUGGGUCGUUUGACAAGUACAUAUGGGGAUUCGUCAACUACAAGCCAAUUUCUACGCGAUACAAAUGGGGCCACAAGAUUCCGGUGAAAACGUCGAAAUCAGAGAGCAUAAGCAAAGACAUGCUAAGGCGGGGAUUCAGAUCCGUCGGUCCAACUGUAGUUCACUCCUUCAUGCAAGCUGCUGGCCUCACCAAUGAUCACUUGAUCACUUGCCAUCGCCACCUUCAGUGCACGGCAUUAGCAGAACAGGCCACCGCUUGAUCCGUCAACGCAAGAAACUGAACGCCGUUUAUAACCAACUUGUAAUUUCCCUGUUUACUUCAUCGGCGACUGGCUUUAAUUUGAUUAAAGAUUGGUGGUGUGUAUAGAGUAGCCAUAGUUAGACAGAGAGAGAGGAGAAGAUGAGUUGUUAGAUAUUCUGUCAAUGGUGAUGUAUCAUGAUUAGAGGUGGGAGAUGGAUAAGAUCUGGACAGGGAGAAAAGAAUAUGUGCAUGUGCAAGUGGAAGUGGAAGUGGGAAGUGCAACUGCAAUUUGGGAGGCAUGUCAUGUGUGGGUGUUGUGAAGUUGUCUGAUUCUUCCCCCACUUCUUUCUUUUUCCAAAAGACUUUGUAUUCCAUGUGGAGGAGUAGGGCCACAAGCCUCACCAGUCACCACUCUCUUCCAUCUUCAUCUCUUUCAACUUUUUUCUGCAUUCUGGCUUUUUGUUGAGCGAGUUUGAGUUGUACUUCUAAGUUCUAACCCAAUGGGGGCUGAGGGGGGAUGAAUAUAUCACAUCCUGCUCCCACCCCAAAAGAAAAGAGAAGAAAAGAAAAGAAAGAUGUUUG